AGUUCCAUAAUGGCUGAAGAUCCUGGAGGAGCUUUCUUUAAUUUCACCCUCAUUUUAACCGAUUUUUCGUUACCUCUGCUGGAAAGAUGGCAGGGCUAACAGCAUCGAUAAACGGCCACAGACCUUCGCUGUCGUCAUGCCCAAGAAAGGGUACCGAAAACGGCUGAAAUUUAGAGCCGAUGAUGUUUGCUCGGAGUCAGUAACUGUGGCUGACUAUGCCAAUGCCGAUCCCGCCAUCGUGAAGUCGGGAAGAGUUAAAAAGGCUGUUGCUAAUGCAAUUGAAAAAGAAGUGAAAUUACUCUGUGGACUCGAGGCAUCCCAGGGUCCUGUACAGGAAGUGCUCUCCUCUGCAGACUGUGUGAAAAAUGUGGCUCAUGAGAGUAGUGAUGAACAGGACUCAGAGGAAGGGGACGAAAUCAAAGGUUCCCGUAAAAAGAAAAACAAACGACGCAAAGAAAACAGCGAGUGCAUAAAUGGAGAGGAGUAUCCCAUCGAUAUCUGGCUUGUGCUUGCUGCAUACAUUCGUCCAGAAGAUGUCUGCACAUUUUCUUUGAUCUGCAAAAAUGCAUGGACUGCCACAUGCACGGCUGCAUUUUGGACACGUCUCUAUAAAAGGCACUAUAAUCUUGACGCAGACCUUCCUGAUCGUCUUCAGCCUGAUUCUAUCACAAGGAUGCAUUGUCUUCGUGCCCGUGUGAUUCGCUCUCUCUUUCACUUAUAUGAGCCCUUUAGCUCUCGAGUGUCCAAAAGCCCUCCUCUCCCCGAAUCUACACCCACUACACUCCUCAAUUCCAAGUGCUUGUUGUUUUGGGUCAACAAAGUGUCUGGAAGUAGGUCAGAGCAGAUGUGGGAAUUCAACUUCAAGUUUGUGAAACUGCCAACCAAAGGCAAAAAUGGAUGUAAUUUUGCUCUUCAGUUACCCAAGCAGUAUAAGGAUGUUCACACAAAUCCAGACUCGGACUGUUAUCUGCUGCGGGUCACUACCCUCAAUUUCAUUUUCACUUCUGUUGUGAUGGGCAUGACGUUAACUUUGUUCACCAUUAAUGUGAGCACAGACAUGAGGCAUCACCGAGUUCGGUUGGAGUUCCAGGAUUCACCAAUGAUUCGGGGAAAAAAGCUCAGGGGUGAACAGGGGGUGCAGGUGGUGCUGGAUCCCGUCCACAGCGUGCGUCUCAUGGACUGGUGGCAUCCUCAGUAUCCCACAUCUUUUCAAUCACAUCAAUUAAACUGAUGAACUCUCAUCAAGCUUCUCUAUUAUAAAAACAAUGCAGAAGGCAAUUCGGGCCUCUUUCAACCAAUGUUAAAGUCUUGUUUUAACAUUUUUCUUUUUUUUUUAUUGAUAGUACAGUUAGUGUGCUGCUUUAAUGGACACUUAAGUUUUGAUUGCUAGUCUUAACUCAAGGUGUCAAGCAUUGGAGAUGGAAAUUGAUGUUUGGGUAGGUGCCAUGUUUAAUUCCACACCAGUUACAACCAAGUUGAUGUUCAAUGGUUUCUAUAGAUUCACUGAUUUUGUUUGUGGUUAAAAGCUUUUAAAUAUUGCAUCUACUUCUGAAGUGCUUGGCAUGCUUUUCUUGCCAUUGAGGGUGUUGCAGUAAUACUUUCAGCAAGUUCUUAUAACCAUAGGGGUGUAGGGUUUUGCAUGAACCUAACCUUGAAUCAUGUGAUUUAAAUAGUCAGAUGUUUGUGUUUUCUUAACUGUAGCAUCCCCAUGAUUCAUCUGCAUCUGAUUUUUCUCAUUCUGUCUCUGCAAAUGUAGGAAAGGGUGAACAAGAUAAAUUAAAAUAUAAAUAUAUAUAUAUUAAAAAAUACAAGACCUGUUAAAUCUGGAGAAAUGUCUUGUAUGUCUUUAGCUUGGUGUUAGAUUAGGGUCAAAAGUCUGAGAUGAUUUUAUGCAUUCAGUUUUUUCUUUUGGGAAUUAAUGAGUUCAGUUUUGCUACAAAGUAUGUUUGCCUAGCUGUAUUUCUUAUAAUUGUCUGCUUUAGCAAGGGAGAUUCGACACGUUGUAGACAUUAAAUUGUAGUUAAAAGAA